AUGUCCGUCCAACCCAUCCGCCCUACCGGCGAUGAGCGCAUUCAACACAAAACCGCCGUGUUGAACGGAUACACAUACCAUUACUUAUACGCCGUACCGAACUCGGGAAAGUGGACGAAUACCGUGUUUCUGAUCCACGGCUGGCCCGAUCUAUCACUAGGCUGGCGCUACCAGAUCCCUCUCCUCGUAAACCUAGGCUUCAGAGUCGUAGCGCCCGAUAUGAUGGGAUAUGGAGGAACAGAUGCACCCAGAGUCCCACCAAACCCCGUUAGUCUGUACGGGUUGAAGCGAGCAUCUGAUGACAUCGCUGCACUAGCGAAAGAAGUCGGUGCGCCGAGGAUCAUUUUGGGUGGACAUGAUUGGGGCGGUUUUGUAGUCUGGCGCGCAGCGCAAUGGUAUCCGCAGCUAGUCUCUCACGUCUUCUCUGUGUGCACGCCCUACACCGCGCCGCACAAGGAAUACCUCUCCACCGAACAGCUGGUCAAAGGCCCCUUGCCACAAUUCGCCUACCAGCUACACCUCGCGUCAGGCGAGGUGGAGAAGAGUGUCAAUGAUGAGAGAAGUAUCCGGCAGUUCUUGAAGGGGGUCUAUGGUGCUAAAGGACCGAACAAGGAGUUGGUGUUUGAUCCUGAGAAGGGCAUCAUCGCUGAGAACUUACCUAAGGUUGUGGAGAGUAGAAUUUUGAAUGGUGAGGUGCUUGAGUACUACGUCAAACAGUACUCACGACACGGCAUCCACCCUACUCUGAACUGGUACCGCCAGCGCCGCACAAACUGGGAAGAAGACCAAGCCCUUCUCGACAAAAAGACAAUCCAGCAACCAGUCCUCUUCAUCCAAGCAACAUACGACUCAGUACUCAAGCCUGAGAUGUCAAAGAGCAUGGAUGCGCUGAUUCCUAAGUUGACCCGCGGAGAGGUCGCGGCUACACACUGGGCGUUGACGCAGAAGCCGGACGAUGUGAAUACUUUGAUCCGCCAAUGGCUGGAGAAGGAGGGAUUGGUUAAGGCGAAGAGCGCGUUGUGA